CUGAGGGCAACCGCCGCUCGUCCGCCACUGGCGGGUGCGCCGUUAGCCCUCCGGGCCUGGUGUCCAUUGAGCGCGUCCGGGCGCAGUGGCGUCAAUGAGUUAACCGUUUCUACCUUGAGCCGCUCCGCCUCGCCCCUGGCCGGGCCGUUGCAUCAGAGGGCCUGCUUGCGCAAGGGCGCGCUGUGGAGUGCCCGGCCCGGCCCGGCGCGGCGCGGCGUGGGGGCGGCGUGGCGUGGCGUGGCGUGGCGUGGCGUGGUGUGAAGAAGCGAAGCCCGCCAUGAAGCGGCAGAGCGCGCGGUCAGUGCGCUGCUGGCAGGCGACGCGCCGUUGCAGAAGCUCAGUGCUGCAGGUGCCACUGUUGCUCGGCAUGUCGGUGUCGGCGGCGACCGCGGCGGCGGCGGCGGCGGCGGCGCUUAGAGCGGACGUCAUGGCGGGGCCCACCGCGGCUGGCGCGCCCUACUGGAGCCCGCGACUCGCCAGGUCUCGAAGAAUGGUAAAUCCAGUGAAAAUGGACGAUUAUGACAAGCAAGGAUGCCUGCACGACAUGUUUGCAAAACAAGCUCUGGCUACUCCAAAUGCCACAGCCAUUGUCACUCAUGAUGGCCGCAAAAUGACAUUUGAAGAACUUAAUAAUGUUACUGACAUUCUUGCACUUCAUUUACGCCACCUUGGAGUAAAGAGGAAUACUGUUGUAGGAAUCUUAAUGGACCGUUGCCUUGAAUAUGCAAUUAGCUAUAUCUCCAUUCUCAAGGCAGGAGGAGCCUACUUGCCAUUGGAAAUAUCAUAUCCUCAAUCAUUAUUGCAAUCAGUAUUGCAAGAUGCAGAACCAGUAGCAGUAUGCACUAAAAAACUUUUUACUGAAAGAUUAAAUAAUCAUAUGGAAAAAAAUAAAAUUAUUAUUAUGGAAAAUGAUUGGAUUGAAGAAAUUUCAAAAAAUGAACCAAUUUCUGAGCCAGUAGAAGUCGGAUUAGAUGACAUGGCAUACACAGUAUACUCAUCUGGUACAACUGGGAAACCAAAAGGAAUUCAGUGUCCUCAUCGAGGAGCAGUAUUUUCUUACCACUGGCGACAUAUAUCAUAUCCUUACAAACCUGAUGAUCGUGAAGCUUGCAAUAUAUUUUUUGUUUGGGAAAUGUUGCGACCCCUGCUAAAAGGGAUUCCCUUAUAUAUAGUACCUGAUGAUGUGAUCUAUGAUCCUCCUCGUUUGGUUACCUUCUUAAAAGAAAACAAGAUAACUCGAAUGCUAUUUACACCAUCCUUACUACAAGCUUUGCUGGAUUUUAAAGGUCUAGAAUUGGAAAAGGCUUUUCAAUCUAUGAGGCAAAUAUGGUUUUGUGGAGAAGUUCUCACUACAUUACUGAAAGAGCGCAUUUCCAAACUUCUCCCUAAAAUUCAACUUGUGAAUUUGUACAGUGUAUCUGAAUGCCAUGAUCUUGCUUGUGCAGAUCUCAGUGAUAUGGCUGAAUAUGAACAGAGAAAGUUUUGCCCUGUUGGCAAAGUUCUUCCUGGUGUUCAUAUUAUUAUAAUGGAUGAAGAACUCAAUAUUCAACCUGUUGGAGCACCUGGUGAAAUAUAUGUAGGUGGACCAACACUGGCAAUUGGGUAUCUGAAUAGACCUGAAGUUACUGCACAACGUUUUAUUGCACGUCCAGACCAUGUUCCAGCACAUGUUGGUGAAAGGUUGUAUCGUACAGGAGACUGGGGAUACAUGUUAUCAGAUGGAAAUCUUGAAAUAUGUGGGCGGUGUGAUUCAAUGGUUAAAAUUCGAGGAUAUAGCAUAGAACUACAGGCAGUGGAAACUGCUCUCCUUGAUUUAACAAUGGUAAACACAGGCUGCGUUUUAGCUCUGGGAGAUGAAGGCUCAGAAAAGAUAUUGGUUGCAUAUAUUGUCCCUGAAGGCAAAACCUCUCGCAAAGAAGUUCGGGCAGCAUUAAAGAGGAAGUUGCCAUUUUACAUGAUACCUUCAAAGUUUGUUUUCCUUAAUAGCAUUCCCAUUGUUGAAGCUUCAGGCAAAUUAGAUAAGUCAGCAUUACCAAAAAUUGAUGCAAGUGAAAAUAGUGGAAUUGAUCCUCAAGAUUUACCAUCCACCCCUAUGGAACAUGAAAUUGCCAAGAUUUGGUGCAAAGUCCUGCGAUUACCAGCAGUGGAUGUUCAAGAGAGCUUUUUUGAUUUAGGCGGACAUUCCCUAUUAGCUACUCGAUUGCUAAGUGAAAUGAAUGAACAUUUAGCAUUAAAUUUAGUAUUAACAGAUUUGUUCAAUCAUCCUACGAUUCAGUCCAUGGCCAGUUUCAUAGAAGAUCCUGUAAUGGCAAAUGGAGGAGAGCAUGUACAUUUGGAUUUGGAAGCAGAAGUAGAUCGUCAUGAUCAAGGAAAAACUUUAAUGGACAUUAGACUUCGAGCUUUUUGGCGUUCCUUUCAGCUGUCCAACAAAUGGAGAAGAGACAAAAUUUUGUUGACUGGUGUAACAGGUUAUGUCGGUGCUUUUUUACUCAAGGAAUUAUUAACUACAACAAAGGCCACUGUAUAUUGCCUUGUAAGGCAGUCACCUGGGAUGACCCCCCAAGAUCGUGUCAUACGCAGUCUUCGUGACUUUGGUAUUUUUGGUAUUUCUGAGGAUGCUGAAGAACUAGAAAAGAAAAUUGAAUGGAGAGUUGUCCCUAUCAAAGGUGAUAUUACUCUUGUUAAUUUAGGAAUGACUGAAGAUGAUUAUGCAUACCUUUCAUAUGAAAUAGACACAAUUAUUCAUGCUGCUGCUACAGUGAAUCUCAUUUAUCCAUACAGAGCUCUACAUAGUUCAAACGUCCUUGGUACAGAAAAUAUUCUAAACUUUGCACAAGCAAAUAAAAUCAAACCAGUACAUCACAUUAGCACAGAUGCAGUAUUUCCUCCAGGUCUAAUAUACUGCAGUGAGGACUCAGAUAUGUCUCAGUAUGCAGAUCAACUAACUAGUGGAUACAGCCAAUCUAAGUGGGUUGCAGAGCAAUUGGUAUUCAGAGCCAAAGCAAGAGGUCAUCCUGUCUCCAUUUAUAGAUGCGGUAAUGUAGCAGGGCCGCAAGAUAUAGCAAGUUGGAAUCCAGCUGAUUUCACUCUAUUGAUGCUCCAAGGGUGCAUACAUUCACUAACAGCACCAGACAUAAAUUGGCAGAUUGAGUUGACACCUGUUGACUUUGUUAGCCGAGUGAUAGUGACAAUGGUUCAAGACUUAAUGCAAUCAAUAGGAAAAGUUUUUCAUUUAACAAACACAAACACAAUGGACUCUCAGCUGUUAUGGCAACUCUUGAGAGUUCAAGGUUAUGAGUUAUCAAUUGUAUCAUACAAUAAAUGGUACGACACCAUUAAAACAAUGUCACAAGAUGAUUCAUGCAAAGCAGCUGGAAGCUUUAGAGCCCUUCUCUACUUGUUGGAUAAUCUUGUCAUAGAACCAAGUUUUUUCUCAAACAUGACCACAUUUACCCAAGAUAAUCUCCAGCAUUUGCUCAAACUUCACAACAUGGAAUAUCCACCUGUGAAUGCAGAAUUGAUGCGCAACUAUUUAAGAUAUUUAGCGAGAAUAAAUUUAAUACCUCGCCCACACAGAAAACGUAGAGACACUGCCCAGUUAUUACAUGGACUAGUUGCUCUGGUAACAGGUGCAUCAUCAGGAAUUGGUGCAGCCAUUGGAGAACAUCUAGCAGUGGCAGGGGCGAAGGUAGCUUUAGCAGCACGAAGAAUAGAUCAGCUACAAAAGUUGCAAAAACAGAUUGAAGGUCAAGGUGGAAUGGCUGUAUGUGUUGAAAUGGAUGUUUGCAACUCUGAAUCAGUUAACAAAGGAGUGAAAUAUGUAGAAAAUCUUUUAGGACCAGUAGAUAUAUUGGUAAAUAAUGCUGGAGUAAUGUACUAUUCGUUUAUGAAAAACACUGAGCUUGAAGACUGGAAGCACAUGGUAAACGUGAACAUUAAUGGAACUCUCAAUUGUCUGGCUGCUGUCUUAGGGGGUAUGGUUGAAAGGAAACAGGGACAUAUUGUGAAUAUUUCAUCUGAUGCUGGAAGAAAGGCAUUUGCAGGUCUAGCUAUUUAUUCAGGAACCAAAUGGUUCAUAGAAGCCAUGUCUCAAGCAUUAAGGCAAGAAGUGGUUGAUGCUGGUAUAAAGGUUACAUGCAUUCAACCUGGAGAUGUUAAAACAGAACUUCAAGGCCAUACCAAAGAUAAACAGGCACAGGAGAUGUAUGACAUGAGUAGUAAAACAAGAAUUCUGGAGCCAAGUGAUGUUGCACAAGCAGUUAUGUUUGCGGUAACACAGCCUGGAUACUGUGCAGUAAAUGAAAUUUUGGUUGAGCCAAGGGAAGCUCCAUUGUAGAAUGUAACUAGAUUAUCUUUUGCAAGACACAAAACCCAUUAUAUUGACAUGACUAAUUUUGAUAUGUAAAAAAUUGCAUCAGCUUUUUCUAAUUACACUUCACACAUUCUAAGCUUUACAAUUUAACGUGUACAAUCAUGUAGAUACUACAUAAUUCUGUGCUACUUAAUGCAUGUUGUACAAGUAUUCAAUUUUAAUUGUCAGAUGAAAUAUAUGUUGAAUUUUAUCCAUUGUUCCUUUUAAUUAAAAAAAUUAAAAUAUUUUUCACAUGAAGACUUCUGGCGCAAAAUGCUUUGAACAUUAUUGCAGCGAAAUGUUAUUGUCAAUAAUGAAAUAGUGCAUCUUAAAUUUGCAAUGAUAUGUCAGAAAACACCAACUUCAAUACAGUGGUGAAAGUCAAUCAGUAUUCUAUAGACAUCUUGUAAGCAGAUUGAUAAGAUAAAAAAUAUGCUUGUAAUAUUGUAAAAAUAAAUUGUAAUAUUUCAAAUUCUAAGUAGCCUGCUUUGAUGGUUCCCUAAACAUAUAAAUUUUAGGGCAAGGAUUUAUAAUUUAAAAUAUCAUGUGCCUAUAUAUGUACAGACCCUGGCCAUAUUAUUAGACGCAUCCUAAACUUUCAAUAAAAACCAAGUUUUUGUGACGAAAAAUGUAUUUUUUUAUUUCCAAUGAAAUACAUAAGUAAUAAUUGAAUACU